GCAGCCGCCGAGGAGAGAGCCCAGACGACCCGCAUCCAUGACACAGGACGUGCCCAAACCCAGCCGGGCAGCCCGCCACUGCUCCGGCCCGGCCCGGCGGGUGCUGACCCUCGCCUUCGCGCUGCUCAUCCUGGUCCUCAUCACCUGGGCCUACGCGGCCGGCGUGCCGCUCGCCUCCGAUCGCCACGGCCUCCUCGCCUUCGGCCUCUACGGCGCCUUCCUGUCGGCGCACCUGGUGGCGCAGAGCCUGUUCGCGUACCUGGAGCACCGGCGGGUGGCGGCGGCGGCGCGGCGGGCGGCGGCGCGGGGGCCCCCGGACGCGGCCACGGCGCGCAGCGUGGCGCUCACCAUCUCCGCGUACCAGGAGGACCCCGCGUACCUGCGCCAGUGCCUGGCGUCCGCCCGCGCCCUGCUGUACCCGCGCGCGCGGCUGCGCGUGCUCAUGGUGGUGGACGGCAACCGCGCCGAGGACCUCUACAUGGUCGACAUGUUCCGCGAGGUCUUCGCCGACGAGGACCCCGCCACCUACGUGUGGGACGGCAACUACCACCAGCCCUGGGAGCCCGCGGCGGCGGGCGCGGCGGGGGCGGGCGCGGGCGCCUACCGCGAGGUGGAGUCCGAGGACCCGGGGCGCCUGGCGGUGGAGGCGCUGGUGAGGACGCGCCGGUGCGUGUGCGUGGCGCAGCGCUGGGGCGGCAAGCGCGAGGUCAUGUACACGGCCUUCAAGGCGCUGGGCGACUCCGUGGACUACGUGCAGGUCUGCGACUCAGACACGAGGCUGGACCCCAUGGCACUGCUGGAGUUGGUGCGGGUGCUGGACGAUGACCCCCGGGUGGGGGCUGUUGGGGGGGACGUGCGGAUCCUCAACCCUCUGGACUCCUGGGUCAGCUUCUUAAGCAGCCUGCGGUACUGGGUGGCCUUCAACGUGGAGCGGGCCUGCCAGAGCUACUUCCACUGUGUGUCCUGCAUCAGCGGUCCCCUCGGCCUGUACAGGAACCACCUCCUGCAGCAGUUUCUUGAGGCCUGGUACAACCAGAAGUUCCUGGGCACCCACUGCACUUUUGGGGAUGACCGGCACCUCACCAACCGCAUGCUCAGCAUGGGCUACGCCACCAAGUACACCUCCCGGUCCCGCUGCUACUCGGAGACGCCCGCGUCCUUCCUGCGCUGGCUGAGCCAGCAGACGCGCUGGUCCAAGUCGUACUUCCGCGAGUGGCUGUACAACGCGCUGUGGUGGCACCGGCACCACGCGUGGAUGACCUACGAGGCGGUGGUCUCGGGCCUCUUCCCCUUCUUCGUGGCGGCCACGGUGCUGCGGCUCUUCUACGCGGGCCGCCCGUGGGCGCUGCUGUGGGUGCUGCUGUGCGUGCAGGGCGUGGCGCUGGCCAAGGCGGCCUUCGCGGCCUGGCUGCGGGGCUGCGCCCGCAUGCUGCUGCUCUCGCUCUACGCGCCGCUCUACAUGGGCGGCCUGCUGCCCGCCAAGUUCCUGGCGCUGGCCACCAUGAACCAGAGCGGCUGGGGCACGUCGGGCCGCAGGAAGCUGGCCGCCAACUACGUGCCGGUGCUGCCGCUGGCCCUGUGGGCGCUGCUGCUGCUGGGCGGCCUGGCGCGCAGCGUGGCGCAGGAGGCCAGCGCCGACUGGAGCGGGCCCGCCCGGGCCGCCGAGGCGCGCCACCUGGCGGCCGGGGCCGGCGCCUACCUGGGCUACUGGGCGCUCAUGCUCACGCUCUACUGGGUGGGCGUGCGGAGGAUCUGCCGGCGCAGGGCGGGGGGCUACCGCGUCCAGGUGUGAGUGCGGGUCCGCGGGUGCUGGUCCAGGAGGAUGCGCGGGAGACGAGACACCUACCGCGCCCCAGGAGCUACGUACGAACUUGCUGGGGGAGUUCUCUGGGCCUCAGUUUCCCUCCUCUGUGAAGUGAGGGGGGUAAACUCAAAGAUUCUUCAGCCUGGACUGUUCUGGGGCUGGGACUUCUGGGUCUCUGAGGGGUGGGGGGUAUUUAUUGAUCAGGGUGUGAUUUUUUUUUUUUAGGGGCAUGGGGGAAAGGGCCCCCGCCUUCUCCCUGCUCUUAUUGAAUCUCCAUUUGUACUGUGUGAUUAGGUUGUAAUAAAAACUUUUAUUUA